GAUAACAAAUCUGUGUGUGAUCACCCGAUCCAAAACGAACGCAGAAUCUUGCGCUCAAUUUUCAUUGUUAUUCACUCUAUAAGUCAUACCAUUUUCAGGUAUAUUUGGGCAAAUAAGAUCAAGUAGACGACUUUUACUUCACAGAGAAAAAGUUUGGUUCACGAAGAAAACAAGAUGACAUCGGCAAACCCAGCCACCCCUUUGAUCCGUGCUGAGUUCGGGAAUACAUGCACGAGCGUGCUCCAGGGGCUGGAGUGCCUGUGGAGGCAGCGGGCACUCAUCGACGACAAGCUCGCUGAUAUGUUGCAGGAACUCGGUCAAGUCAUCAACACGCUGCGGCCAGAGAUUGAUAACAACAAGGAGUAUUACGUGGACGGGCCACUUGUUAGAUUUUUAUCGGCUCACAUUGCAAAGGGGAGAGCUGUCAUCCAAGAGAUUAAACGGACAUGCAGUGAAAAGAGUGCAGCCGCAAAUGGCAUCGAGUAUUGUAGAAUACAUAGUGCACAGCAUCUUGAAGACAUCAAAUCAGUCCUAGAUGCACUCAAUGACUUUUACAAGCACACAGUCUUCCGCCAAAACACGCAGUUUGUGGACGAUGAUGUCAUGCGAAGGAUGAGUCCAAACAAACCAACCCGCUCCGCUAACUCGAGGGUAACUUUUGCCAGCGACCUGCCGACAACUGGUAACGGGCGGACACCACAGAACACUGCUGCCCUAACAUCGGCCGACAGUUAUACAGGGCGGGCUGGUCUUGCUUCAGCAGCUCUGGAUACGCCGGUCCAGGUGUGGACCGCUGGUAGCUGUGUAGAUACUGCAGACCCUAGUACACCGGGAGCCUUUGAACAUAUACGAGAUAUGACACGCCAAGAUGUACAUUUGGAGAAUUGGCCCAAGGAGCAGGAAGUGCCGCAGCGUGUAAUGGAUAGGACAAGACCUCCUCUAGUCCAUCCUGGUCUACGAGACGUUCAUAACUACCGCAACCUUCCACAGUUCUCUGGAGUCAACCUACCCAUAAAGCAGGUCCCCGUGGGGGAGUUAGCCCUACCAGCCCCUCACGUCCCUCACUGGGACUACCACAACAACUGUAGAUACUGAGAAACUCUCUCUACUCCCGUACACGCUGAUUCCGAUCAGAGAUAUUUACCAACAUGGGCCAAGUUUCAUAAAGCUGUUAAGCAGAAAAUACUGCUUGACAAAUUUCUUUGCUGAGCAAAAUUUUAGUG